ACAACACCUGUUGAUGUCUUCUCGUGAUUUCCAGCGCCUUCACCACAGGGCGGAGCUACAACCGUGUUUUACAAAGCAAGCUUGACGUCUGCAGACAACAAGCGCCAUCUGUUUACCUUCUCAUUCCUGCUUAAAACAAUACGUCGAACGAUAGUGAAAUAUGGUGACGAAGCGAAUUAGGUCCGAAUACAUGAAGAAAUUUAAGGAUCCGAAAUGGGACACUUAUGCAAAAUGUUAUGAGGAUUUGCUGAAGUACAGACUGUCAAGACGGCUGUUGGAGCAAGCGCACAACCCCUGGUUUUGGGGAGAAUGGGGGAGCGAGACAGGCUCCAGUGGUAAAUCUACUCCUCUAAGUCAGAAUAAAGUUGAACCUGAGAGGCUCCAUGAUGAGAAACCAGAAAGAUCUGCAUGUGUGACACCAGAACCUGCAGCUGAAACAAAACCACAGGCAGAAGAUACUGCAGACACCAAGCUUGUUACCAGAGUAGCUGAGCAAAGCCAUCAAGAGGGGGAGGAAGAAAGAGCCAGAGAAAGCUCUCCUGCUCUCAACCCAGAAACUGACACGCAUAUCCUCAACACACCAAAGAGCAAACGCCGCUCCUCACACAAGUAUACAAGAUCAAAAGUCAAGCCUCAUGCCAUCAAAGACCCUGAAAAAGAGAACCGUCACCCUUUUGCCCUGUAUGGUGCAGGAGAGAGGCAGACAGAUAUGGCUUCCAAGAAAACCCAUAAUGUUGGACCUGCAGCAUCAACUGCAGAGAUCCAUGAUUCAGCGUUGCGAGCAAAAACCAGACGGGAAGUGGAAAAACAGAUGAAGAGAUUUGACAAACAAAGAGCCAGAUCUGCUGACUUCGAAAAGAACAGAAAUAAGAUUGUCCCUGAUUUCAACCCCUGGAUGACGGAGUACAUGCGCUGCUUUUCAGCUCGUUCUCACUAGUACUGCUUUCUGAAAUCCUUAUCUAAACCUCUCAGGCUAAACGACCCAAAACCCUUCACAUGAUGACUGGCGCAUCUGUUCAGCUCACUUCCUGUCUUCCAGAAUGGGCCACAAUGAAUCAAACAGAUUAUAACUCAAGGUUUUUUAGGGUUUUAUUUACACCAUGGAUAUGUUGCAUUUAUUGGUACAUAUCAAACAUGAAAACACAAUCCAUUGAUGCUGCAGAGCAAAUUGUCAAACAAUCACAUGCCUUGUUGCAUGAUUUUUGUAGGUCACGUAGAUUUACAGGCCAUGAGAUUUACCAGUGUCUCUUUACACUCUUAGCCAGUUACUUAAAAGUGUUCAGUAACUGUCAGACAAUUAUAGACAUGUAUUGUGAUGUUGUGUAUUAUCUACAUUGUGUUAAUCGUUAGGUUUAAUCAUGUAAAGAAAUCUGUUUUGUACUUUACAGAAAUCAUUUGCGCCAACAUGGAUCUUUGUAAAGUGUUAAUUAAUCAACACUUAAUCUCACAUUGGCAGUUGAUCUGUUAUAUUAAUAUCUGCUUUCUUUGAAAUUAGAUGUAUUUUAUUUUACUUGUAUAUUCACACUAAUGGUGUAUUCCAUGUGGUAUCAUAUAAGAACAGUAAUAUCAUUACAUAAUGUAAAAAGUCACUGUUAUCUGAUGCAUGAAACUCACAGCAAAAUGACAAAUCAUUUUUGAACGAGAUCAUAUACAACAAAAGCAAUUCCAGCUGUUCAUCAUCAAGCAUAACUAUCAUUCAGUGUGAUGCUAUUUGUUUUUUAGUAGCACUCAGGUAUUUCUUGUUGUAUUUUAUGUAAUUUAUUAUUGAGAAAUAAUGAUAUUGGGAUAUUUGUACACUUAUUUAUAUAAGGGUAUUGAACUAAUUUUGACUGUAUUUUAGUUCAGCAUCUCUGAACAAAUGUACAGGUAUUUUUGUUCCCCACAUCUUCAUAGUGAUUUAUGGCAUGUACUAUGUGAAUAGUGUUGGUUUUAGUGUAAGAAUAAUGAAGCCAUAAUGUAUAUGAGCUACAUUAAUAUGAUGAAUAUCCAUUCUACUGUUAUGGAAGCCGUUUUGAUUCAAAUUAAAAUGUAAGUGUUUAGAUUACUGCCUGUGAAAGUGAGAUGUGUUUAUAUGAGAUAAGAGUUUUUCUCAACACUUUCUUUAUGAGGACUUAGUCUGAUAGUAAUUGUCAGUUUUCAGUUUUAACAGGUUGCUGUUAAUUGUAUGUUAAAGUAAAAUAAAACAUUUUUUUUUCAUAAGUGUAUUAUGGCUAUAAAAGUAGUUAUCUUGUUUGUAGGUAAGGAUAGUUUGUUCACAGGUUUGCUGCAGUAAAAUAUGAAACUCUGUUCUCACUAAUGCACAAGGCAGAUUUUUAUAUUGCCAACUUAUUACAGCAUGCUAUUCCUGGACAUCAGGAUUCUGCAAGCUUGCCAAGACCUCAUCCAUGUGUCGGAUCCAUGCAGCAAUUUAAAUGUCUGGCAAUGCCCCCCUUAUUCACUUUAACUGAAUGAUUUUUAUGAAUUGUUUAUUUUUUUAAGAAAUUGUUGCAUUUCCAUGAAGAAAGCUGUCUAGAAAGUUUUACACAAAUUACAUUGAUUUUACAAACACUGAUUUUACAUUCAGCAACUAAAUUGUACAUUUGAUUAUGUC